AUGGAAAGCCCGCUAACAGCCAAGGAACUACAUGAAGCCGAGCUAUUUUGGAUCAAAGAAGCACAAGGAAGUUUGAAUGAUCGUUUAAUCAAAGGAGAGUUCAAGUCGCUAAGUCCAUUCCGAGAUGAAAAUGGAAUCAUUCGAGUUGGAGGGCGCAUCUCAGAAGCUGUUGUGUCGUACAACUGUAAGCACCCAGCUUUGCUACCUCAUGAUCACUGGAUCGCGCAGUUGAUCACCCGUCACGCGCACCAGUUUAGACAUAAUGGAGUGGCGACAACGACAGCGAAAACACGACGUAAAUACUGGAUCCUAAGAGCCCAUGAUCUCGCCAAGUCUGUCAAGUACCGUUGCGUAUUCUGCCGAGAGAUGGAGCACAAAGUCGAGUCGUACAUGUACAUGGCGGAUCUUCCACAGCUUCGUCUAGCACCUAAUACGCAGUACAUGGCGGAUCUUCCACAGCUUCGUCUAGCACCUAAUACGCCGCCUUUCCAUCAUACAGCAUGCGACUACUUUGGACCGUUGAUUGUAAAGAUCGGACGCAACAAAACGACAAAACACUAUGGUGUUGUGUUUACUUGCCUAAAUACAAGAGCAGUUCACCUCGAGUUGGCAGUUGAUUGUUCAACAAUGGAGUUCCUGCAAGUUCUUCGUAGGUUCUUUUCGAUCAGAGGACAGCCAGCCGUUAUAAUGAGCGAUAAUGGAACUCAAUUUGUUGGUGCGGAACGCGAACUACGAGAAAUGAUUGCCGGUUGGAGCAAAGAACAACUCCAAGAGUUCUGCGCAGAGAAAGGUAUGGAGUGGAAAUUUAUCACCCCAAACGCGCCCCACCACAACGGUUGCGCAGAAGCCAUGGUGAAGAACUGUAAGAGAGCCCUGAAGAAAGCUAUUGGAGAUCAAACGUUGACGCCGUUUGAGCUGUGCACCUACUUGCUAGAGUCUGCUAACUUAGACCAAAGACCCAUUGGUAGAGCGCCCAAUGACCCUGACGAUGGAUCGUACCUAUGCCCGAACGACAUAUUGCUUGGCCGCGCUACGUCAGUGGUACCUCAAGGUCCGUUUAAGCCGACAAGAAACCCACGUGAUAGAUAUGAAUUCGUGCAGAAGCUGGUCGAUUCGUUCUGGAAGCGCUGGACUCGUGAUGUGUUCCCAUCAUUCAUGGUAAGAAAGAAAUGGCAGAUUGAACGAAGAAACGUACGAGUGAAUGAUAUAACAUACGUCGAGGACAAUGCGAUACGAAGAAAGUGGACGCUGGGUCGGAUUAUUGAAGUACAUCCUGGUCAGGACGGUCGUAUCAGAAAUGUAAAAGUGAAGACAGCGGUUGGAGAAUAUGUUCGACCAGUGACCAAGAUUGCCGUGAUCUAUCCAGAAGAAGGCUACAACGAUGACGAUUAG